AUGCUGAACUCUGUUCUGAAUGGAAGACACCUGGAUUCUAGUGAAAGCCAAAACAAUUCGGGAAAUGACUUUUCCCAGAAAUGGAGACAGGUAAGGGCGUGUGCAAGGUGUCAUAGAUUGAAGAUGAAAUGCUCUUAUGAAGAUCCAUCUUAUCUGGCAUGUAAAAGAUGUUUUGCUAUAGGUGUCGAAUGCUCACCAGACGAAGAUCCGACUGCUAAAUUUGCAAGGAGAAAGAAAAGAAAAACCAAGGAGCUUGAUGUGGAAGAGGUAGAUAUUUCCAAGGAGAGUUCAAAAGUAGCCAAGUUGCUAGAGGAGGCAAUGAUAUCCCUAAAUAAGCUUGAGGAACAGACUAUUGAUCCAAAAUCUCCUCGAGUGGUAAAAAUUCGUAAGCAGUAUGAGUCUAUUUCUAAAAAGUUUAAAACCAUAAAUGGCCCAACUGAACCCAAGGCCGAUAAUUUAGAACAGCUUCCUGAAUCAAAAUAUCCUGACAUUCCAUUGAAAUCCAAUCUCAUCAAGGAAUUGGUAUUUAAUUACAAACUUAUUACGUUAGAAGAAUCGCAAGCGAGGUUCGAUUAUUUCUUAAACAGCAUGCUACCUUACUAUCCUGUUAUAUCAUUCUCCUCAAAACUCAAGGAUUUCUAUUUUUUAGCUGAGAAUUCUCCCUUGCUAUUAACUGCUAUUAUAUGUGUGACUGCUAUAAAUGACAACCUGAUUCCAGACCUAGAUUCUAAGAAGACUCUGAAUAAUGUGUCAUUAUUCAAUCUAUUAUCUUACUAUCUUGAAAAUUUAAUAUGUCAUCAGCUUUAUCGGAAGUCGGAGGAUUUCACAUACCACUUAGUCUAUACUUGCUUAAUCCUUUCUUUAUGGUGCCCGCCUCCCCGUAGAUUGGGGAACUUCAAAAAUCAGUUGAACUUGUUAAUGGCGUUCAAUGUUUCUUUGUGCAUCGACUUGAGCGAGUCUGUAAAAUACGGUACUCGUAGCUUGGAAUAUUUGCAAGAAACCAUGGACAAUAGGAAUGAAAUACGCGCCUUUCUCAGUGUAUACUGCUGUUGUGGAUCAUUAGGAUUAUCCUUGCCAAAGUUCAAGUUAGUCUCUUGGUCAAAGAGCCACGAAGAAGCUGUUAAACUUUUACUGCAAAAGGGCAAGAACUUGCCUACGGAAAAUGAUAGGUUCCUAUGUUGCUUUGCUCAGGUAAUAUAUCUUGGGCAGGAAAUAUUUGAAUUUUUAUCUUCAAGUGGUUCUGGGAACACUGUGAGUGAAAUAAAUAGUUCUACGAAACGAGGGUCUGAUUCCCACUCACCUAUCCAACUUUCAAACAUCGAUUCUUUGCCUUUGAAUAAUGUCAAGUGGGUGAUAAAUGGAUACGAGCAGUUACUUUAUCUGACAUUGGUAGAAAGUGGAUUUAUGCAACCAUCAAGUGACAAGUAUUUGGGACCAAGCGACGAUGCACCCAAAGAAAAAUAUUUACUUGCCAUCAUUUAUUAUCAAAUGCUCAUGUUAAUCUACGAUAAUUUAGUAAGUGACAUUUUUUAUCAUCAACAUGACUUUUCUGGAAAGAAAUCUUCUACGACUGGCUUCGAAAUGAUUGAUAAAUUGGCAUACUUGCAACACAUAAGUAAGUUAAUAAAGAUAUGUGAAAAUUUGUUAAAUUCUUUUAUCAUUCUAAACAUGGAAGAGACUAUAAACUAUCCCAGUUUUUUUUAUUAUAGACCAUUGCAUGCUUUAAUUCUACUUAUUAGAUUAAGAUUAUUGCUAAAGUCCCAAAUUUUCAAGAAGGGCUUUCCUUCUAAUAACCCCGAAGAUUUAAAGAUAAGUGUUGAGCAAUAUUUCCAUGAAAUUUCAAAAAUAUUUGAAAAGAAUGAGUUUGAAUUCAAGCUGUUGGCAUGUUCUCAAAUGUCUUCUAUUUUAAGUAAAAUCUAUAAAUGGAUGAUCUUCUCAGAGAGCUAUAAUGCGCCACUGAAUGCUUAUAAAGACAAUCUGAAUUUGGUGAACCUUAUGAACAUGAGUAAAGAUCAGGAGAUAGAAAACCUUGAGGUUCCCAAAGAGUUGAAUGAUACAAAUAAGGAAGAAAACAUUACUGACUUAAAGGAUCAUGUUGACCCACCAAAGGGAUCAUCUGAAAUAUUAUCGUCUCAUGUGCUACCUGAAGAUGUGGGAUCAUACGCAAAUAUGAAUGUUUCAUCUGAUCCUACCGAGAUACCUUCCCAUUAUUCUCUUGAAGAUAUCUUCAAAGAAAUUGAUCAAGACAUUUUAAACUAUUUGAAUCCAUUAGAGUCAAAUUUUGCUUUUAAUAAUAAUGAUAACGUUGCAGCAACUCCUCAGAACACCCACAAUUUGGAUGAAAUUAAUCUAUUUCCAAGUCAUACGAUAGAUGGAGCUACGAAUGAAUCAAAUGAAUCGAAUGCAAGAGCCAAGCACUACUGGGGUACUUGA